GUGUAUAAACUUUAGUUAUUCGCAAGCCGGCAUCGGAGUCAGACGCUUAAAACAGAUACAGAAUAGUUUUAUUAAAUAUUACAAAUAAAGUAAUCGCGAUUGAAAUCUGUGACUUCCUAUUUUUAAUCAUAAUUUAUUUUAUGAUUUUUAAAAAAAAUUGAUCAUUCAAUUAGUGCUGAGUUAAAUCUAUUUCCAAAUCGUUUUUAGAAAAACCACAAAAUACAAUAAAUUGUGUGACUCAUACCUGUGCCAACUUCAUACGUCUAUAAUGUGCCAAUAAAGUUGUUAAAUGGACAUAAAGUGAAUUAAUAACUACUUGUCAAAUGAAUUUUUAUUGCUGCGCAAAAACAUAUCAAGAAAUUGUGAAUGAAUUUUUCGAGCACACUAGAAUUAAAACUCGUAAAGUUUGACAAGUUCUGAUUCCAAAUAUGAGUAAAAGUCUAAUAAAUUUGAUUCCAUCCAGUAAAAAUUUAACACCUCUAAAAUAGUUGUGGUGUUACUCGUUAUUUUGUGUACUUUAAAUAUAGACAUAAAGGGUGAUUACGACAUUCGAUCGUGCUUUAUCUCUCAUUCGUGAUUUAUUACGUUCGAAAAUCGAUAAAUUUACAAAGAAAAAAAGUCAUUAAUUCCCAUUGACUCAUAAACAACAAAGGAAUAAAAAAAAUAAAUUAAAGAUUAAAAUAGACGUGAUAUGGCAACGACACUUCAAAAGCCACCUCAUCCAUCUCAAAUGGACCCUAGAAUGAGGCGAGCUGUUUAUGCGAAAUAUAGGGAAAUGCUUGUUUCAAAGAAUAAUCAAGCAAACGAAAUGAUUAAGCAAUUACCAGCUUAUAUGGUACGGGAAGAUCGUGGAUUCAAUACGAGCAUCAUCGUUAACGACGUUCCACCUCCACCACCAAUUCCCGGAAAUGUCCCAGCACAACGACUGCAAACACAGAUAUCUGAAGCUCCAGCAUGCGUUCAAAAUGCUAUGAUGACAAAGGAUAAAAAACCAUUUACAUAUACUCCAGGCGGAAUAGAUUUAUCACAAAUUAAAUCGCCAAGAAUGGCGAAAAGAAUAUCCGCAAAUGCAAAUAGUCCAGGAAUAACAAAUACUCCGAAAGUUUCACCUUUAGCUCAGUUAAAUAAUAAUGGAAAUAAUUCUCCGUUGAUUCAGACUCCAAAAACACCACAAUCAGCUGGAAUACCCCCUCCACCUCCACCCCCAUCCUCAAUGGGAUCAUUAGCAAUGGGUAUGCCGUUCCAAGUAUUUCCAACUGGCCCACCUCCACCACCAAUACCAACAAAGACACAACAAUUUAAUAAGCCACAAACUAAUGGAACAGCAAAGAAAUCGCCUCAGUCAUUUGAUCCACCUCCGAUGGCAUGCAGGCCAGAAAUUAAGAUUCCAGAAAAUCCAAUGGCUAUUUUACGGAAAGUUCCAAGACCUCAACAGAAAGACGAAUAUUGGAUUCAAGAAUAUGUAGAAGAUAGAGCUAGAAAUUCAGCACCUAACGAAGAGGAAAUAAGACAAUAUAUUUCUAGUCCAACAAUUCAGCAAUAUCAACAGCCAUCACCACCAGAAUUCAUCCCACCAAAACCUUCAUCACCAAUUAUUCAAAAUAUUCAGAAUUAUCAGCCUGCAAAGCCAACAACACCACAAUCUACAGUUCCUCAAUUUUCGCAAAGAAGAUCUCCAAGUCCAAAAGAUCAAAAGGAAGUGAAUAUUCCGAUUCGUAAUUUGAAAUUAGAAGAACAUCGCUCAAGUCCGACGCUCGUUCAAAUAAAUCGAUCAUCUCCAGUCACACAACAGCAACAACAGUCACAAAUUUCAUCAUCAUCAUCACCAGUGACCGUAAAAAAUGUCAUUUUUGAACCAAUUCAGCAAAACAAUUUUAAUAAACAAGCUCAGAAUUAUCAACCGCCUGUUCAAAAUUAUCAACAACCAAUACAGCAACCACAAGGUGGCAGAAAAAUCAUUUUAAGCACAAUGCCAAAUCGUCCGCAGCAGCAGCAACAACAGGCAACACAACCUUUGGGUUCGCUCUAUAUCCCACCACCAAACAUCGAUGAUAAGCAACAACUAUUAAAUCAAUUAAGUCCCCCAUGGAUGUCUACUAAGCAAAUGUCACUUGAUACACCCGAAUGGGUUAAUAGAGAUGAAGUUGAUAAUUUAUUUCAACAAAGCCGCAAUAUAAGCAUGCCGCAACAAUUAGCAACAGGUCCUAAAGAACACGUUAUACCAAUUUCUUUUGAAAAGUCGCCAACAUUGGCUUCAGCAAUGCCAAACUUUGGUCCAACUCCAUUUUAUGGUACACCACAGCAUCACAUAAAUUCAGUCAUAACACCUAAAGUUGAUCCAAAUGCUAACAAGUUUGUGAAUCAAGGCUAUAACAAUAUCGAUUAUCCACAACAGCAGUCAGCAAGGUCUUUUAUUCAAAGGCCACAACAACCAGCUGGCACGAGAAUUAUUCCUAUUCAAGUUGAAGGUACACAGCCAAAUGAGAAUACGAUCGUUAUUCAAAGUGAAAGUGGAAAUUAUAAAUAUACAAUCCACAACGUUCCACUUGAAGCUCUUUUAAAGUAUAAAAUGAGUAAACUAAGUGAUCCUCGAUCACCAGCAAGUCCAAGAGUAAUUGCUGGUGGACCAACGCAAUCGCGUUCCUUUAAAAUUCUUCAACAAGUAACUGGAACAUUGGGAGAUGAGUCAGAUGACAACAGCAAUGAAAGUAAGCUUAAAAAUAACAAAGACGAUGAUGAAGAAUCAAUGCCAAUGCAAGAACAAAGACCAAUUUUCUCUCGUACAUUAGGACCUAAUGAUAUGAAUGAGAGUCAAUUAAAACGCAUGCAAUUAUCUGAAAAUGAUAGAGCAUUUAUGAAUCGUGUUAAAACACAAGUUGAUGAAGAAGUUUUUCUUCAUUCCGAAAGUGAUCCACGAUAUAGAGGCUCCGCUAUACCAUCGAAAGCUUUUAAAUGCUUACAAAAAAUGACUGAUGGUUCGCAUAGCUUUAACAAUAACGAAAACAAUGCACAUGCUGCUCCAGCGGGACGUAAAGCUCAGAGAAAUGUGCAAGAUGAAGCCAUUGACAUGCAAGCGCGCGAUCAAGGAUUAUAUCAAAGUAAUGCAAUGCCUAGUCGUUCUUUUAAAAUGCAUCAAGUCCAGCCUGAAAAUGCCGACGAUAAUUUUAAUGAUAACUCAGACAUUGAAGGUAAUUCCUAUUCGAAGAUUGGUAAUAAUUUCUAUAACAAUUAUCAUAGUUGUAAUAGUUAUCCAUUUAAUUGUCAAAAUUGUCACAAUAAUCUACCAAAUAAUACCUAUCAUUGUACAGUCCCCCAAACGCCACAAAUGUAUCCGCCAUAUAUGAUGCCACCUCAAUAUGCUGCCCUUUAUGAUUGGUAUGACCCACAAAAUAAUCCUUGGGCUGCAUAUUACUAUCAAAUGGGCUAUGAUCCUAAUUACUUCGGUUAUAUGCCACCUCCACCUAUGCCAAGUCAUUCACGAAGUCAGACACCUCAACCCUCGCAAAUGUCACAAAGUCAACAACAAAGUGGUGUUCCUACGCCAAUGCCAUACUUUUAUCCUCCAUAUCAACCAGUCUUUAUUCUACCUCCUUAUAUGGGAUUUCGACCAAUAUCAGCAUCAAGGGAGACCACACCAUGUUUCUCAGAAGCUGAACGAUACCAAAAUAUGUCAACAGCAAGCGAUGAUAGAAGCAGAAGGGCUGUGAGUUGUACACCAACGUGUUGCCAACAUGCAAAAUCAUUUCAAGUAGAAAAUUUAAGCAACAAAUUUCAUACAUUGGAGGAGCCAUUAACACGAUCUGUUUCAGUACAAAGUGAAAAUCCAAUAUUAAUUAGUGAUUUACCGGAACCGCCUGAAAUUAAGAAAGAAAUGCAUGAAAAUCAACAUGUUGAUUAUCCACUAUCAUAUGAUAUUCAAAGACGAGGAAGUAUUAAAUCAAUUCCAUCUGUUACUAAUAUGAACAUGUAUAAUGAUGAAUGUGAGUUGGAAGAAUUGCAAGCAAAGCCAAUCGUCACAACAUGUGAUGAAGACGAUGAUGUUAGUGUGACUAGUGAUGAUACAACAGAAGUUGAAGAAGAAAUAAGUCAAGAUACAGAGACAGUUGAAAUUCAUUUUCCACAUCAAUUAAGUAUAAUAUAUGAGGAAAAUGAAAGUGCAGCUGCCAAUGAACGGAGAUCAAGUAUCUGUAGUAGAAGCUCUACAUUGAGUGACUGCUCCACAACACUUAUGGAAGAUGAUAAUAUCAGUAUUGAUCAAAGUGGGGAUGAAAUGGAAGAAGAAAAUUCCAAUUCUGUCACAGUCCGAUUGCCUUUGAAAUUCUCAUUUACUAGAAGUAAAGAUAAUAUGGUAAAUACAACAUUGACUGUCGGUGAAAGUGAGAGCGAAGUCACUGAAAUUCAAGAAAAUAUACCCGAAAAAUCGCAAUCACCAAUGCCAAUUGCCAAUUCACAUUCACAUUCUUUAUCAAAUAACAGCUCAGCAAAUGACAUUUCAGUAACAUUCAGUCUAAAAUCAAAAAGUAAAAGCAAAACGCCAGAGCGAUUACUUCCUCCCACACUAUCCACCAUUAAGUGUAAUAGUAUUGCGGAAAAAGAAGACAGUGCAUGUUCUGUUAAUAUUUCGUUGCCAAGAAGAAAAUCAAGAUCUAUUGAAAUUGAGGAAUUUCCCAUACGACUUCGUAGAGAUUCUGAAACGUCUGAAAACUCUCAAAGUCUCAAAGAAGUAUCAGAAAAUUCAUCAGACAAUAAAGUUCACAUUGACAAUAGUCUGUACACAUCUCUAGAUGCACUUGAAGAAAUUAAAAAGGGAAUGGCUGAAAUUACUAACUCAUUAUUCAGUAAAAUUUGUACAUUACGCAAAAGUGCCAUUAAUAUUCCUGAACAUGAGAGAUUUAGAAGCGGGAGCAUAAGUUAUAUUGAUAGCAUUGAAUCAGAUGAUGAAAAUGAGGAUAUACAGAGUGAAAAUAGCAAUAAUAAUAGUGAUGAACUGUCUAAUGAGCCAGAGAAUGAUGUUCAACUUAUUGACUUAGAUGAUUGUCGUGAAAGUCCAAUAAAAUCCCGUGACGCGCCUAUAAACGUCAAUGAUGUUCCUGAAAUACUUCGAAAAGUUUCUAGAAACCUUCAAGAAUUACUUAUGAAUCCUUUAGAGACAAACACAGAUGAUAGAGAAGACUUAAGAGACAUCAAUUAUAAGGAACAGACAAGUUAUUACAAUAAGGACAAUAAAGUUGAGAAUGAAACAUUUGAACCAAAAAUUAUUGAAAUUCUUACCCCAACGAAAGUCUCAAAAGAGCAAUCACCGAUUCCUGCAGAAACUCUUCAAGACUCUCAGGAUACACAAACAGAAGAAGAAGAUGUCGAUUUUUGGAGUCAAAUUGGUGAAAAGAAUCAAGAUAAUGACUACAAAUUAUCAAAGACAUCAACACACUCUAGCAGAUAUUGGUUUGAAUUAGAAACGGAUGAUGGAUUGGAUCCACCAAAAGAUGAUGCAUUUGCUAAAUAUGAAACCAAUGAUAUAACAACGUCCGUAUCAUUUGUGAGCAUAAAUGAUGCAGCUACAGUUGAGAAUGAAGAAAUUGAACACAAUGAAUUUGACUUUUGGCAGAACUAUGACGAGGAUGCUGACUAUGGAACAAAAGCUAAGAAAUUCUUUGAAUCACAAAUGAAAGAUGAUGAAGGAGAUCAAAUGGAUGAAAUGUCGAUUUAUGAGGAUCCUAUUCAACCUGAAGAGGACAACGAAGAUAGUUUAAAGGAACAGAAAAUUAUUGAAUCGAAAAAAAAUACAAUUAAUACAUUCAGCAGCUAUAGUAACUAUGACGAAGAAAAUCAAGAAGAAGUUAAGGUUUUGAGCUUAGAUGAACCAAUGGACUAUCAAAGAUAUGCAGAAACAAUGCAAGAGUCUAUGGAUAAACCAAAGCAAAAUUUAGAAGUCAUUGAAGAAAUUAGUGAAAGCAUUGAUGAUGAACAAGAUAGUAUUGAGCAUACUAAACGACCAGGAACACCAUAUUCAAAAAUCUGGGAAAAUAAAUCUGAGUAUGAUGAUGACAGCGAUACCGAAUCGUGUAAAGCAUUUGAUCAAAUUAACAAAGUGUCUGAUUGUAAUGAGCCAGAGAAUGUUAAGAACACAAUUCAGAUGGCUUCAAAAACACAAGAAAGCAAAGAGCAAAUUUAUGAAAAUGAUGAGCUUGAUAGCGAUGAGGAAUGGACAGAGGAAGAAGUCGAAGUAACUGAUGACGAAAAUAUGAAUAAUAAUGUUCUAGAAAUUAAAAUUGAGCCAAAAUUAGAAGCCAAAAAUUCUUUAGCAUUAAUAAGCACAGAUGAACAGAAAAUUGAUAUUGAAUCUGAAUAUGAAGAAUCGGAAGAAGCAGAAGAAAUUUUGGAACCUCAAAGAACUAGCACAUUUAAUGAAAAAUUCAUAGAUAUAGGUAUUGCAAAAUUAAUGGAACCAAAACAAGAGAAUAAACCAGCAGAAUUAAGAAUAAUUAGUAUGACUGAAGAAAUAAAUGUCGUUGAAAACAAAAAGGUUAACAAAGAUCAAUCAAGUGACAGCGAAAGCGAGGAUGAGAGCGAGGACUUUGAAAAUGAAAACGUUUACCUCAAAACACAACAAAUAGUACAAACUACAAACUCAGUAGCUAAUUCACCAAGUCGAAUACUUAAAGGCAAAUCAUUGGUUAAUGUAAAUUCAUUCAUCAAAUCUGAAAGUGAUAAGGAAGUUAUUAAAGAAAUGAAAGAGAAGAUAGAAUAUGAAGUUGAAUCAAGUGAGACCGAGGACGAAAGUGAGGAAGAGGAUAAGAAAGAUGAUGACAGAUUUAAUGAAAAAUUAAAAGAAUCUGAACAACCACUGCCAAUAAACCGUAGUAGUUCAAAUAAUAUUAAUUCACAUUCCAAUGAUGACUGCCGUGACAUACUAACCGAACAUAUGAUUUCGUAUGAUGAAAACAGUAACAAUAUUAUUGAUAAUGAUAAUAACAAAGUAUUACUAUCUAAUUUAAAAGAAAUUCAUUCCGUUGAUUCCAAAUCAAACAUGACAUCUGAAUCAGGCAUAUCGUUUGAAAAUAAUGAUCCAGAUUCCGAAGAUGGAUAUGAAGAGGAUUCAGAGGAUGAAAAUGUUAUGAAUAAUAGUAAGAAUAAAAUAAAAAUCAAUCUUCAAAAUGAUGGAAAGACUCCAAAAAAUCUACCUCAAUUAAUUACAUUCGACGAACAAUCUUACGAAAAACCAAAUGAUAUUAAAGUAAAUGUUAAGGGAAGGAUUUCAAUGUUUGAACGCGCUAUGUCAGAAGAGAGGACAAUCGAGCGACCUAAGGAUAUUCCAAAAGUCACUUCUAAAUAUAAUUUUAGACAUCGUGAGACAUCAGAACCACCAUCUCAGCUCACAGUACCAAAUGUGAGAAAUAUUGAUAGCAAAACUUAUAGCAAACGUGCAGUUAGUGAAGUGAAGGAGGUAAAGAAAAACCAAAACCUCAUUGAUCUCAUUAAUCAACGCAAAUCAUUCACGCCACCACCUACAAAUGAUGAUAAUCUCCAACAAAAAUCAGUUAAAGAGAAAAUUUCAUCAUAUGAGACAGGAACAAAUGAUUCAAUCGCAAAUGAGAAGCGUGAAAAUUAUCGUCGUUAUGGAAAUACUAAAGCCAUGUUGUCGCCACUUGUACGAUCUAUUGAAGAGUCUGGUGAAGAAGAUUCAGGUGUCACAUCAGAUUUCUGUAAGCAUCAUUCAGAGAAUGAGACUGAUUCAGAGAAUUUCCCAGAAUUAAGGAAGCUAAGUCGAUAUGAAAGAGCAUCAACUCAUUCUAGAUUAUAUAAACUUUUACAAGGUGAUGAUGAUAUUCCAGAAAAACCAGAGUCUCCAGACGAGGCUGUCAAGGAACCUACAAGAAUUCCAUACAAAUCGAAGAAAAUUGUCCAUAACGUUUCUGCUACACGACGACAAAAUCCUCAAGCAGCAUUGCAGGCAGAAAGUAUGGAAGAACGUAGACAAAGAUUAUGUUUACCAUUGACACAUCAGUCAUCAUCUGGUGCAGAAAGUAUGUCAUCAUCUACAACACCUUCUCCAACGCCUGGUACAAUUAACGAGAAACUUGUUAAUGAAUUAGUUCAAAGUCUUUUGAAUCAAAAACGUGGAAAAAUGUUCCGUGACUUACCUAUAGAAAAACUUCAUGCUGCAGCAGUAAAAAUUUUACAGGAUGAUAUUGAAUCAAAUGGAACAUUUAGUUCAGCUGAUGAAUCGACAGUACCGACUGUAGAUUCUACACCAGCUUUGACACCACAGGAAUUCCGAAAUAAUAGCUCAUAUACAGAAUAUUAUGAUAGCUGGCAAACAAAGGAACUGAAUAAUUCUCAAAGUGCUGAAGACUUUAGUGACAUAACCUUAAUCCAAUCAAAAGCCUUUCGAAACUUGCAGGAUCAACAGUGUAAUACAAAUAAAAAACUAUGGUCUGCAAGGUGUCCACGAAUCUUAAGUUCUAAAAGUAUUAAUAAAGACUUGGCUCGGCUAUCCGAAGUAAGAGAAUCAGAAUCGCCCGAGCCCAUUCAUAGUCGUUCACCAUCCAUUCGUUCUAUGUCUACGGAACCAAUGUCUGGGGAAAAUAGAAUUACAAGCAUUCAUCAUAAUCAUCAAGAACGACAAAAGGCUGCUGCUAAUACAUGAGUUUCGCGCAUGAUGAACAUCAAAAAAAAAAUUAAAACUCCAUAAUAGCUGAUAUCUCUCAUUCUUUUUUUCUUUCAUCAUAUCAUGAUCACGUCUUGUACGCAUUUAACGAAAGAAAUUCAAUCAAACUUACAUCAAAUUUUAUUGGAACUAAACCUUUAAAAAUCUCUCAAAAAAAUAUUUGUAAUCAAAAUUCAAUUAAAUGAAAGGAAAUAACGAAAAAAUAUUAGGAAGCGAAUGAAAGAAAAAAAAAAUUGCAUUUAGAAAAAAAAUUGAAUGAGAAAUUGUCAAUGAUGAUCAGAAGGACCUGGUAUGUCCGAUCUCUAAACUUCUUUCUUAACCCAUGAAAGAACGCAAGAACAGAUCUGCUACCACAAACGAUGACGAUGCAGGUUGACAAAAAAUAAACUAAUAAUACCAAUUCGAAUUGCUGCUGGCAUUUAGCAUAUAGAGACAUUUUAUGAAGACACAAUCCACAGCAACAUUUAUUGUGAACAACACGAUCGAAAUUAUUAUUUUAAUUUGAUAUUUUUGCUAUUAUUACUUAUUAAUUAAUCAUUAAACAAGAAAUAAAAUUUUAACAUGUGAGUUUUUUAUUAGAAAAAGUAAAUUACGAGAAAGAUAAUUAAAAUAUAAAGCAUUAAAGAUUUAUUGGUACACAAUGAUUAGGAGAAGAAGAAAUAACAUAAAAGAAUUAUUUUUAUUGAAAAAUUAAAAAUGUUUGAUACGGAUUUACUUUUUUUAAAAUAUGUGGAUGAAAAAACUAUUUAACACUUUGUAAAAAAUUUUGUCAAUGUUUCUUCAAAAGUUUUGAAAAAUAAAAUAUAUGAAAAAAAGUUUAA